AAGCAGCAGGAGAAAAAAUGCAAUUUUGGCUCAAACACACGACACAUCUAAAAUAGAGAAAUAGAAUCAGAUUUUGCCACUUACACAAGCAAUUUCAAACCCCAUAAACCGAAUCAGGAGUCGAUCCCCAAUUUCCAAGCAAAGAUCGCCCAAUGCACCACCACCAACCACCUUCCGCCACGAGCACCUCCGCGGCCGUCCCUUCCCUGUACAUCCUCCUCGGCACCGCCCUCUUCUCCGUCCUCCUCGUCCUCUCCCUCACCACCGCCCCCACUCCUCCGCCGGCCUCAAUCCAGCCCCACCCCUCGCUAUUCCCCCACCGCCUCUUCAUCCACGACGGGGAAAACACCACCUCCGCCGCCGGAGAAUCUCAGCGGCCGCCUCCUGCACCAUCCCUAGCCUAUUUCAUAUCCGGAUCAGCCAAAGACUCGGGUCGGGUCGUCCGGCUCCUUCACGCCAUCUACCACCCCAGGAACCAUUACCUGCUCCACCUCGACACUUCUGCUAGCCAGGCCGAUCGCGACGCUUUGGCCGUCACUGUCCAAUCAGUGCCCAUCUUCAAAGCUGCUCAGAAUGUUCACGUGAUUGGCAAGGCGAGCAAUGUGUUAUCGGGCGGGCCGUCUGAUCUUUCGUCCACACUUCACGGUGCCUCCGUUUUGCUCCAUUUGUCCGCUAAUUGGGAUUGGUUCAUAAACCUUUCUGCUGCUGAUUACCCUCUAAUCACUCAAGAUGCAUUGUUUCUUGCCAGAGUUGUCUACUUCCUCACCUACUUGCACCUUUGUUUGCAUUACCUUUUCUCACCUAAUGAUCUUCUGCACGUUUUAUCAUAUCUGCCCAAGGAUCUUAAUUUCGUGAACUACACAGGCUAUAUUGGCUGGAGAGAGUCAAGGAAAUUGAAGCCUAUAGUAGUCGAUCAAGCACUCUUCCUUGCAGAGAACAGCGAGAUGUUUUUUGCCACUCAAAAGAGACCCCUUCCAGAUGCCUACCGAUUGUUCACAGGUUCAUCGUCGGCAAUCUUAAGCCGCAAGUUCAUCGAGUACUGUAUCAUGGGAACAGACAAUCUACCCAGAACCCUCCUAAUGUACUUAUCCAACACGCCCACAUCCUCCUCGGUUUACUUCCCUACAGUUCUCUGCAAUACCCCCCGAUUUAACCGGACUACAUUCAACCUCAGCCUCCGCCACCUGUCUCUCGACUCCCGACAAAGACCCCGUUUCCUAAACUCCACAGACUUUGACUCUGUGAUUGAGAGCGGGAACGCCUUUGCUGGGCCCUUCCAUCCGGAUGACCCAAUUCUCUAUCACUUGGAUCGGGUAAUCUUAGGCCGAGACUCGGGAAAAACAGUCCCCGGAGGGUGGUGUUUGGGGGAGUCCAGAGAGGAUAGGUGUAACAUUUGGGGAGAUGCGGAUGUGUUGAGGCCCGGCCCUGGUGCAACGAGGCUUGAAGCCCGGUUCGUUCGGGCCCUGUCGAGUGAAACGGGCCGGUGUGUGGAAGAAUGAUGUCAUUUGGUUUGAUUUUUUCGAGUGACCAUGUUAUGUAUUUUAUUGGUGGGGGGUUGGUAGAUUCUUUUAUAGAGCGUUUGUUGUACUUGAAAGAAGAGGUUAAGAUUUUUGCACAUUGAAAAUCCUGUGUUAUGUGUGAACCACGAUGGAUGGGUGGAACUGUAAUGUUCUUUGGUAUCAAAGAUUUAGCAGAGCUUCUAUUUUCUCUAUUUCGUAUUAAAUUUCAAUUCUCACAGACAAUGUUAGUGUUCCC